AGGAGGAGCGCUGCUCGCGGCCGCCUCACGCGGAAGGGUCUCGGCCCCCGGCCCGGCCGGCCUGAGCGCGGCCUCCCCCCGCUCGGCCUCGGCCUCGGCUCCCCUGUGCCCCCGGCUCGGCCCCCGGAAGCGCCCCCCCGACUCGCGUCGCCCGCGCUGUGCCGGGCCGGGGAGUGCGGGGGGCGCCGGGGCCCGAGCCGGUGCCGCGCCCCCCCACGCCAGGGAAUAGAAGAAUGCUAACAAGAGAACCGUUUCCCUGAAAUUCAGGUGUUCAGGCUGACUGCCAUUAUGGCUUUGAGCGAUUCCACCCUGUGAGCCAGCCUCAUUGCUAAGUAUCUCUGCACCCGAUCGUUCUCAGACUGACCACCUUUGCCUAUGAAUCUCUCUGCCCACUCCUUUGCUUUAGAAGACUUCAUUUGCGCAGCAGGAAAAGUCAAAAAACAAAACAAAGCAAAACACCCCUGCACGAUGAACAGCAAGCUUUGAAUUCAAUCAUGCAAGACCUGGCUGUGCUUCAUAAGGCCAGUCGUCCUGCGCUGCCCCUACAAGAAACAGGAAAACCAAAAUCAUCUUCACCUAAGAAACAGAAUGACGUUAGAGUCAAGUUUGAACAUCGAGGUGAAAAAAGAAUCCUGCAGUUCUCAAGACCUGUCAAGCUAGAAGAUCUUGCAGCUAAAGCUAAAGUUGCUUUUGGACAGCCUAUGGAUUUGCAUUACAGCAAUAAUGAGCUGGUGAUUCCAUUAACCACACAGGAUGAUUUGGACAAAGCUGUUGAACUGUUAGAUCGUAGUGUUCACAUGAAGAGCCUCAAAAUAUUGCUUGUAGUGCAUGGAAAUACGCAGUCUCCCAGUGUGAGUAACAUGGAACCCCUUUCAUCACUGGAAGAUCUGAAUAACACAGUGUUUGGAGUAACAGAAAGAAAAAGCAAGCUUCCUGUACUAGGUUCUAAUACCCGUGAUAGAAGCUCGCCUCCCCCAGGAUACAUUCCCGAUGAACUGCACCAGGUGGCCCGAAAUGGAUCAUUCACGAGUAUCAACAGCGAAGGCGAGUUCAUUCCAGAAAGCAUGGAUCAAAUGCUGGAUCCAUUGUCCUUAAGUAGUCCUGAGAACUCUGGCUCAGGAAGCUGCCCCUCCCUUGACAGCCCUUUAGAUGGAGACAGCUACCCCAAAUCUCGGAUGCCGCGGGCUCAGAGCUAUCCAGAUAAUCAUCAGGAAUUCUCAGAGUAUGACAUCCCAAUAUUUGAGAAAUUUGGAAAAGGUGGAACGUAUCCCCGAAGAUACCAUAUUUCUUAUCAUCAUCAAGACUACAAUGAUGGUCGUAAAACUUUUCCAAGGGCCAGGAGGACCCAAGGAAACAGCUUCCGGUCUCCAGUUAGUUUCAGCCCCACUGAUCACUCAUUGAGUACAAGCAGUGGGAGCAGCAUCUUUACUCCAGAGUAUGAAGAUAACCGAAUGAGAAGAAGGGGAAGUGACAUAGACAAUCCUACCUUGUCAGUGAUGGACAUCAGCCCACCCAGCCGCUCACCACGAGCUCCAACUAACUGGAGACUUGGCAAGCUUCUGGGUCAGGGUGCAUUUGGCAGAGUAUAUCUAUGCUAUGAUGCUGAUACAGGAAGAGAAUUGGCAGUUAAACAAGUUCAGUUUGACCCUGACAGUCCAGAAACCAGCAAGGAAGUAAAUGCACUUGAAUGUGAGAUUCAGCUGCUGAAAAACCUGCUCCAUGAGAGAAUUGUUCAGUAUUAUGGCUGCUUGAGGGAUCCCCCGGAAAGAACCCUCUCCAUAUUCAUGGAGUACAUGCCAGGGGGGUCUAUCAAGGACCAGUUAAAAGCAUACGGAGCGCUCACAGAGAACGUGACCCGAAAAUACACCCGACAGAUUCUGGAGGGAGUUCACUAUUUGCACAGUAACAUGAUUGUACAUAGAGAUAUUAAAGGAGCAAAUAUUCUGCGAGAUUCAGCAGGCAAUGUGAAGCUUGGAGAUUUUGGUGCCAGCAAACGACUUCAGACUAUCUGUCUCUCUGGUACGGGAAUGAAGUCGGUCACAGGGACUCCAUACUGGAUGAGUCCUGAAGUUAUCAGUGGAGAAGGGUAUGGCAGAAAAGCAGAUAUCUGGAGCGUAGGUUGUACCGUGGUAGAAAUGCUCACUGAGAAACCCCCGUGGGCAGAGUUUGAAGCAAUGGCUGCCAUAUUUAAAAUUGCCACCCAGCCAACAAACCCACAGCUGCCACCUCACGUCUCGGACCAUGCUCGGGAUUUCCUGAAGCGGAUUUUUAUUGAGGCCAAGCUGCGACCAUCUGCAGAUGAACUGCUAAGGCACACAUUUGCACAUUAUCACUAACAGCCUGCCUCAGCCCAGCUUGCAUCUACUGCAUUUAUUUUCUAUUUGACUGCACUUUUAUUUUUAUUUUUUACAAAAAGGAGCGAGAAGACAAGAGAGAACCGUUCUCUUGAAUCUGUUUCACUCGGAUUGUAAACAAUCUAAAUUUUGUAUUUAGGAUGAGGAUCUUUUCUCCCCUACCAGGACUAGAACCUUUUUAUUUCUACAGUGUACUGAUGUGGUCCGCAUAGAUAAAGCACUUUAGUACGUAUUUGUUCCUUAUUUGAGGGGAAAACAAGGACAAAUGAUUUGGACUGUUGAGGACCGUGUAACUUUUUCUAACACCCUGAUUGACUGAGGGUGGAGGGAAAAAUACACAUGCAACUAGAAGACAGGGAGAAGAAAAUUAUUUAUCUGUGAUUGUCCUUUGUACUGUAGGUAGUUACUACUGAGGGUUCUACGUUUUGUUUUAGCUUGUUAAUCAGUUUUCUAAGCGCUCACGAGGCUGAAACCCGCAGAUGUGGAAACUAAUUAGGAUGCUGAAACAACUUACAAUCCUCAGCAAAGCAUGGCUCUGCGCAGCAGAGCUCCUUCCUAGCACUGCCUUUGCGACCAAAAGAAAACAGCAGACCAGAGUAUAACCCUAAUUUGCUAGUUGGGGGGGAGGAAAGGUUGGGGUAAAGUUGUUACGUUACUGUAACGGAAUGAGAGUAAUGGGUAAACGUAUUACAGAUCCACACUCUUGGAGAUGACAGUGCUACAAGCGGAAGUCUCCAUAAUAAAGGAACAAAAAAGUAACCAAAAAGGUCUCUUGUUUGAUCAGAACAGCAGAUCAGGAAGACCUCUACCCUGCAGCUGCCAAAGAUACCUCCGUACCAUAUAAGUUAAGAGGGGCAGAAGUCAGUUCCCUUACAUAACAUUUAGGUGCAAAGAAGUGCAAGAGGGAAUUCCCCUCUACAAUCUACUGAAGAGCAAAGGAAGAAAACAAAUCCUUGCCCUCUAUAUGAAUCAUGACUCGGAAGGACCUAUAAGGUGCAAGAGGACAAGUGCCAAAAAAUGCGCUUUAUUUUCUUGCAUAUAACAUGCCCUCAAAUAUAAUACCUUAUUUUUGACAGGCUUUAUGGAGGAUUUUUUUCCCAAAGUUACAGUUGCAGAGAGAGACUAAUCUUCAAUUUACUCACCCUCUCUUUUUCCUGCUAAACUAAAACCCUAGCUUGUGCUGAAGGACUGGUCUUGGAUGGACCUUCAAUCAUGAAGAUAAUUAAAAAGCUGUGAAAUAGAAGACCGGAUCGGAAGCCUUGGCAGGCAGCAAAAUUCCUCUAAGAAAGGUUGGCUUCAUUAGUGGAACAGCAAUACCACUGAAAAGGAGAAGAUGAUCUUUAACAUCUGUGAAGUGAAGAACAAUGGGCCAUUGGUUCCUUCAGCUGCCUGAAGAGUUGGUGUCCGAGGUGCUGCCCUGUGGAGCAGGGAUCAAAGCAGGGUGCUUCUGUCCCAGGUGAAAAAUCAGCUUCUUCACUUAAUACAUGCACCCCAAUUUGGGAGGGCCUGAUUUUAGGGGAAAAGGUGUGUGUUGCAUGCAAGAAAAUCUAGUACGUGCAAGAUUAGGUGUCUGAAUACAAUAACCCUUUUUCAAAUUGCUUUCAGUUAGAUUGUUUUAAUUACCUGGUAUAGUCACCUAAAAUGUCUGCAGAGCUCCUGAGAUUAAAGUAAUUCUAAGGUUCAGCAUUUCAGGCCAGUUAGUUAGUGAAAAGAAAGACUUCUGUGGUUAUAUUUCUUUUCCAGCACCAGUGAUAAUAAUGCAGCUUUAAAUUCAUACUUUCCUAGGCAAUCCUUGAUGUUUCUAUAUCGAUCACUCACAAGGUCAUUGUGUCUUAAAACCUUUGCUCUGAGUCUUCAGAAGAGAAAACAUUCCCCCAAGAAAACUGGAACAUUUUAAGCUGCACGUGUGACCCCAGCAACGAUGCAUUAGCACAGAAACUUUUGAAAACAGUCUGAAUAAAGAGCAGCAGCAUGUAGAUCAAACUAAGCUUUGAAUAUUAAAGAAAUGCCAAAAGUGCAAAAAGAAAAAAUGACUGAACAGGAUGAGUCUCUAAUUUUAACAGCCCAGAUCCAACUGUAAUCUGAGACAGUCGUAUCAGGUGUGUUCAUCUUUUCUAUCUCAAAUAGAGAACGAUAAGCGAAUACAAUACAAUUCUGAGACACUGUCACAGGGUCCUUGAGAAGUUCUGGGAUCGCGUAUUAAUGGAUUUCACUACGGAACAAGGACCUGCGGACCGAAGUUUGAUGCAUGCUGGUAGAAAUGAUUCAAAGAUUGCCUCUUUUUCUCCCCGUACUUAAACUAAAUAGUUGCUGCUCCAGCCCUCGAUCUGCACUGGCAAGGUCAUGUAAAAUGGUCCCGAGGGUCCUCUUUGCCUUAUAUCCUCAAGAGGACUUAUCAAAAGCUUAAGGUGUCUGAAAAUUGAGAAAUAAACUUGUUGGGACUACAGUGAUAUGUGAUAGCGAUUUUCAUCUUCCAAAUCUUGUAUCAGAAGCAUAACCAGGAGUCUGGAUCUCUCCUAAUCAGUUUACCUCUUGGGGAAUAACAGCUUUGGUUUUUCCCCCAUUUGGUCCAGUGUCAUAAGAUUUUGGGCCGGUGGUCUGUUCCUGUUGUCUGUUUUAUUAUUUAGCUUAUUGUUUUGUUGGUCAGGGUACACAGCAGUACACGGUUUAUACACACGGGAGGAGAGUGCGCGAUCAGGGAAAAAACCAGGGAGCCAAAAUUAAAUGACUUUUUGGAUUUGCUUCCUUUGGCCGCCUUGUCACGAGAGGAAAGCUCCAGAAGCCACCGAUGGGAAGAAUCCACCUGCACCUCUCUGCUGUAAAGGAUCUGUGGUUCGUAAGCAGCGGGGAAAGGAGGGAAAGUUAGGUAGAAACUAAUAUUUACAUAGCGUACGAAUCAUGUAAUUGAAAUUAAUACAUUUCAAACAGAUAAAUAAGGUACCAAAAACCAAGCUGAAAAAAUAUGUGUGUGUGUGUGUGUGUGUGUGUGUGUGUGUGUGUGUGUAUAUAUAUAUAUAUAUAUAUAUAUCAGUGAGUAGUGGAAUACGAUAGCUAAAAGGGUUAGAAAAUUAUUUGUUACCAAAAAAACAAAAAUGGAUUUUAAAGGGAAAAUAAUAUCAGGUUUACCUGCAGCACUCGUAAAUUUUAAAGAUGCUCUUCUCAAAAGAGACGGCACUCUCUGAAGCUUGCAAUUUUUCAGAAAAUAGAGAUCUAAGGGUAUAUCCUGUUCGCAAGGCACAGCCAGCUCCGAAGUACCGCAGUAUCAUUUUCUUGCUGUGCCUGGAAAAAGCAAACAAAUGGAGACUGCUGCUUUUGUGCCUUUUCUCAAAACCCCCAUGAAACAACAACCUCCUGCAUUCUGUCUUGACAAUGGUAGGCUUGUUUGGGAGUGGGAAGAGAGAACUUGCAGAAUAAUGUGAGUUUUUUGCAAUAUUUGAGGAAUAGCUGCUUCCUUAAAAUUAUUGAACGUGAAUAUAAUACCUCAUUAAUGAAGGCUAAGGUCAUCAGGUUGAAAUGUUUAUAAUUAAGAUUUUUAAGUGAACGAGGAGGCAGACUGAACUGGUUCACCCUUUGGAGAACCUCUCCAUUGAGCUAAGAACUAUUUAUCUACAACCCUUAUUAAAAUAGAAAUACUUAUUUUGAGCGUAAAACAUGAAUGAUUGAAGCUGAUUAAAUUCUCUCUUUAAAGGGUUGUACAUUCAUCCCUUGCGUGCUGCAUUUUAGUAUGGAAGAGUUUUUACUUUAUGGUACAUUACAUCCCUGUAUGUCUGUGAGGAUCUGACCCACAGGUACCAUCGAGAGUAACAAACCUUCUCUCCGUGAUUCCAAAGGUGCCAGGAGUUGCACGAUUCAAAUCUCAUUAGAGAUUAGGGCAGGGGUGAGCAAAAUGGUGGAUCCGGCUGGCGGCCAGACUCUCAUUUCCCAGCAGCCCCUUGCCCACUUUGCUGCAGCUGGCUUCCAUGGAGACCACAACAUCCCCGACUCUGGCCCACGCUGUCCCUGCCGCAAGCUCCAGCCCCGGCCCUGGAGCAGGUCCCUGCCCAGCCAGCGCUGCUGGGGCCGGUCUCUAUGGAAACCCUGGCCCUGGGCCGUGCGGCUGCUGGGGUCUCCAUGGAAACUGGCCACAGCAACAUGGGCCGGGGCUGCUGGGAAAUGGAGUCUGCUGCAGGCCUGAUGGGGGCUGCGGGCUGGACUUUGCGCCCCCCCCCCCCCCAAUUAGGUCAUGGGGCAGGAUUCCCGUGUAAACACCAAUUUGUUAGCUUUGAUUCAGGCUUCUGAUUGGGAAGGUGAUGCUCGUUAGUUUUAAGGUUGUGCUUUCCCAAAAAAGCUAGAUGACGGGGAAAUGUAGCGUGAAAAGGAGAGUUCUACUUUUACAUCUAGAACAGACUGUACUGCUUGCAUCCAUAAGCUAUUCCAUUUUACUUUAGUUUAAUUUUACAUUGUAGCAUUUCCAUUCAAGGUAAAUUUAAUUCAGUUUUAAAGUGUUCUUUCAGUUAUAUUAAUGAAUAGUAAUUUUAAUAUUUGUUUCCUUAGUUAGAACCUUUUUAUCUACGAACUUUAAAUUUAUUCAUGUGAAUAGAUGCCAUAUUUAUAGGAUAGCUCUAUCUCAUCAGUCCAUGCCACCAAAACAGCCCUUAAAAAUAAUAACUGGUGUCACUGGGUUGUUGGUUGUAGCCAUGUUGGUCUCAGGACACAGGCAGGCGAGGUUCUUUGAGUAGAUGUUGUAUCUUUUAUUAGAUCAACUGAAUAGUUGAAAAAAAGUUCUUAGUAAGCUUUUGGGUGCAGUCAUCCUUCUUCAGGCAUAGGGAGUCUCUGCUGAGACUUGAAGUGUCCACAUCUAAACUCAUUCUGUGUAUCCAAAGUUGUAGUUUACUAGGGGUCUGGAGCAGACUUUGAGGAUGAGAAUUAAAAAAAAAAAAAAAUUACAUGCACGUUUUCAGGCUGCUUCAUAAAUGUUAAUGCCAAAAAGAAAAAAACCCCCAUCAAAGUAGUUUUGUAGCAUUCCCAUUCUACAGAUCAGAAAACUGAGGUUCAAAUAAGUGAAAUGAGUUCCCCAGCAUCACAGAAUCACUGCUAACGUCAAAAUUAGAUCUCAAGUCCCAGAUCUGUGCUCUGAUCACUAGACAUUAUCAUAAAUCUCGCAUAGAGAUCGUAGCCCAGUUCUGAAAAAACUCAUAGCUUUGAAGUGCCUGCUGCUUCACAUGUAGUGCUGUACGUAGACAUUUAUCAAGGAAGUUGUCUUCCUGUACAGGAAGUGUACAGGAGUGUUGGCUCUGUCUUGACAAAUUAGCAAAGUGAUCACAAGAUCCUACCCUGGCUUCCAGUGAUGGUUUGGUGCUUUUUUAAGUGGUCCUGAUCCUACCAUUGUCUCGACUGAAAGCUUUCUUGCUUGAAACAGGAGAUACGGUACAGCAUAGCAAGCCAUUUCUUCAGACAUCACUGAGCCAUGUCUAACUGCAGCUUCAGAAACUUGAGCAAAUUGGUCAGAUUUAUGGUUAAGCUGAAUUUUUGUUAAUUUUUUUAUCUUGGAGUUCUUUAAAGUGUCAUGCAUAUGGGGAAAAAAAACAUUUUUGUGUGUUUGAAUGCAAGUCCCAUUAGUGUUUUGGAAUAGCGGAAGUAUUACUGCCGGUAUCAUUUCUGAUUGCUGGGAAGUUCCUAUCUUGUAUUCAUGACAGGUAUGCAGUGUCAAAUCACUUCAAAAACGAAACAAAGCAACCAAAGCUUUUCUAUUCCCUUGACACAUGGCCAAAAGUGUUGUUUUGUAGAUUAUACCGCUACUUCUCUGUGUCCCACCAGGAAGCUGUUGCUACGUACAAUAAAACAGGUACCAGUCCAUGUUGUAUCCAAUACUCCACUUUUUUUUUUUUUUUUUUUCAAGGAAGGGUUUGGACGUUCAUUGUUGCUGUUUCAAUGUGAAAAAUUUAUUCCAGCAUUAAAAUGAAGAGUUUAGCUAAAACUCUUACAUGGUGACUCGCUAACAUGAUGAUUAAAUUCUUUUCCUAUGACUACCUUUCAAGCCAAGUUUAAGUUUGGGGGCAUAUAAGGAAAGCCAUGAGAAAAAAAAGUGAGUGAUCUGAAUUGCUCGUUGUGCCAUAGCAAAUGGGAACGCCUCAGAGCUGCUGGGAAAGCAGUUUUUAUACUUAAAAGCCAAAUCUCAUGCCUGAAUACGUGGGGCUUCCACCACUGCAGAGAGUAAAAGCUGGCGGUGGGAGCAGUAUUGCCCCCACAAUCAGGUUUCUGUAAGUCGUUAAAUUUGGAUUGGGAACAAAACACCCUUGCAUUUAGCUUGUCCGGUUGGUUGGUUGGUUUUAAAAAUUUUCAUUCGAUUUUGUUGGAUACGGUAUAAAUUAGGCAUUUCCGUUCUCCUGUCUGUUGCAAUCCCAGGGGGAACAUUGGUAGUAGCAAGGUCUGUUUUCACUGAACCCUCACGUAUCAGAAGGGCAGAAUGCCAUAAGCUUGUUUUGACUAGUGCUUAGGUUUUCCAUGAUUUCUUUUUUAAAGGGGGAGAAACUGGAUACAAAUCAGUGAAAGUGUGCUUGAUCAUUCAGUUCUGAUGUCAGUAAGUUCCUCUCAAGGACUGGAGGACCAAGUCCUUCGUGGGGAGAAGAAAAGUUAAUAAAUAUGGCUUUGGACCUUACCUGGGGGUGUGUUUCAGAAGUUUUGCCUGUAUUUUUCCCCCCCAGUAACAUACUGUCUUUCCUCCAAAGAUGAUAUAAAUGUGGAUUUAAGGACAAGGAUUGCAUUUUCCUUUCUGAACAGGCAUUAAGCAGUCAUGCUUUCCCCGUGCUCAUUUUUCACUAAUACUUGGUUUAAAACUUGAUGUCCUUCGCUCUGAAGUGUAAACGGUUAGUCAAACCGUACUGUGUGUCAUCUCAGACCUCACAGCAUGCAUUUAAUACCAUUGUAAAUAAAUGAAGGAGCCUUGGAGAAAUUUGAAAGUAGGCUUUUGAUUUUUCACAAAGCUAUAGAUAAAACAUUUGUAAAUUUACCCUUUUGGUCUAAUGUACAUUUUUAUGUAGCCAUCAAAUUCUCUAUUUAAUCUCUCAGUUUCUCUGUAUAAUGCUGGGCACAGUUUGUAAUGUAUGUACACAGAGGUGUUUUUUUUUUCUAUCGAUGUUGACUUUUUUGCACAUUUUUGAAAAGGUUUAAUUUGUACACUGAUUUAAUACUCUGACCAAUUGUUGAUGGGUGUAUGGGAAUCAUGUAUGUGUGCAAUGUACUACUGUCUGGGUGUAUGGUUUUUUAUUACUUUGGAGAUGUUGCUGUCAGUAACUACACUGCUGUUGCUGCUUUAAAUGGAGUAUCAUGUAUAAAAAUGUAUUAGCCUAUGGUUAUAUCCUGGUUGAGGAACUCAGGAGUUGAGCAUUGCCUACUAGUUCCAUAACAUGUCUAAGUUUUCCAAACCUACGGUCUACUUGUAAUUCUCCGUAUGCAUUGAGUGUGUGUGUGCGUGCGUGUGUGUGUGUGCGUGUAUAUACUUUUCUCUCUCUCUCUCUCUCUCUCUCUCCCAAUAAUCUUAUUCCACGGUUUCGUUUCUACAUUUUUAUGGACUUGUUUUUUAAAGGUACUAUGUUUAGUUAGUAUAAUUAAAUAUAUAAAAGCUUUGAAAGAUAAUUUACUAGAUAAAUAUAUUUUCAGCUGGCUGAUGAUCAGAAACUAUUUUUUUAAUUUUGUUUUUAACCAUUCAAAAUGUAUUUGUAUUUCCAAGAUUGGACACACAUUGUACUUGAAAGUACAAUAAAACACUCUGGAGGGACGACAGUGUGAUUUUCUCUUGUAAGAAUUUUUGUAAAAAAAAAUAAAAUAAAAAAGUGCUAAAGCGUUAGUGCGACACAGAGAAAAGACACUGUUCUGCAAAGGUGAAAGCAAUCUUUGAAUUCUGAGAGCUGCUUAAAUUGUAGGGAAACAAAAAUCAGCUUUGGAAAAGCCAACCUUUUUCUAUCUCCUGUCCUUCGGGUUCCCUUUAACGUUGAAUUCCUUUGUAUUCUGCCUACCCUCGCCCUUUCUAGCGCUGCGGUCGUGGGAAAGACGAAAGGUGUGACCACACUGCUGCUGACGGGCAUGCUUGAGCGAUGUGGCUUACCUCCUCUCGCCUAACUAGCAGAAUACCGAGCAACCGUUUGAAUGUUAAUUUGGUAACAGCUUUGUUGCUUUAAAAAUAAAAAUCCUGUAUCACGUUGAAAACGAGUAAAAUUCCUCACGCUCUGGGUAUACAGCGAACUGUCCGAAGUUUCGGAAAAGAGCGGAUAAAUCCAUCAGGCAAAGGACCUCCCAGUUGCCUGGUACGGUGCGGUUUCUUCCACGUUUCAUGCACAUUUUGACUUGGUUACCGUCUCAAAAUCGUGCUUGUAAAAAAAUGUAUAAAACCUCUUCUUUUUUUUAAAUUCGUAUGUAUUUACCCGUUUUAUUUUCUUGCUGGUAAAUGGCUUUCAUUUUGUUCGAGGGUUUUUGUACCUAAUGUCAAAGAAGCCACGUUUCUAUUUUAUGUUUGACCGAUGACUUCGUUGAUCUGAGAUCCGUGUGUUGCGGGGGCGCAGCCUCGUCGCGGCUGACGGCGCGUGGAGACCUGCAGGAAUUAGCAUUCAUUUCGGAAAGGGCCCGGGGCCGGUGUCGGGGACGCGACCGACCGAACCAUGGAGCGACGACGGAUAAACGGCACUUUGAGUGUUAAUAAAACAAAAUAUUUAUUUCCA